CCCUGAGAAGAGGUGCUCUUGGGCCAACCACCUAGUUUCUGCCUGUGUUACAGUGAAAAGGAGUUGCUUAAGAGAAGAUGAAGCCCUUGUCUCUGUUAAUAGAGAUACUGAUAAUUCUUGGGGUCACAAUUAAAACUAUCAAAGCAGAAAAACAUAAUAAAAGACAAAAGGAAAGAAAUGUCACCACACAGGUAUCAGCGAACGAAAUCAAACAAUAUUUACCACACAUACUGGAACAAAGAACAUCAAGUAAUGUAAUCAAUAAAAGAGAAAAUCUCUUAGAAAAAAAGAAGAAUCAACGUAAAAUAAGAAUAAAAGGAAUUCAAAAUAAAGAGAUCUUGAGAAAUAAGAAUCAUUUACAAAAGCAAGCAGAGAAAAAUUUUACAGAUGAAGGAGACCAGCUCUUUAAGAUGGGCAUCAAGGUUCUCCAGCAGUCUAAAAGCCAAAAACAAAAAGAAGAAGCCUACCUACUUUUUGCCAAAGCAGCUGACAUGGGAAACUUGAAAGCUAUGGAGAAAAUGGCUGACGCUUUGCUAUUUGGAAAUUCUGGCAUGCAAAAUAUAACAGCAGCUAUCCAAUUAUAUGAGUCCUUGGCUAAAGAAGGAUCAUGUAAAGCCCAAAACGCAUUAGGAUUUUUGUCUUCUUAUGGAAUAGGAAUGGAAUAUGAUCAAGCUAAGGCACUGAUAUAUUACACCUUUGGAAGUGCUGGAGGAAGCAUCAUGUCCCAGAUGAUUUUGGGGUACAGAUAUUUGUCAGGAAUCAAUGUUCUACAGAAUUGUGAAGUUGCCCUAAGUUAUUACAAGAAAGUGGCAGAUCAUAUUGCUGACACAUUUGAAAAAAGUGAAGGUGUUCCAGUGGAAAAAGUGAGACUAACAGAAAGACCUGAAAAUCUGAGUUCUAACAGUGAGAUUUUGGAUUGGGACAUAUACCAAUACUAUAAAUUUUUGGCAGAAAGAGGAGAUGUUCAGAUACAAGUGUAUCUUGGACAAUUACAUCUAAUUGGGAGGAAAGGUCUGGAUCAGGAUUACCACAAAGCAUUACACUACUUCUUAAAGGCAGCAAAGGCCGGGAGUGCAAAUGCCAUGGCAUUUAUAGGAAAGAUGUAUUUAGAGGGGAAUGCUGCCGCACCGCAAAAUAAUGCUACUGCCUUCAAGUACUUUUCCAUGGCAGCCAGUAAGGGCAAUGCAAUUGGCCUUCAUGGGCUUGGUCUUCUUUACUUUUAUGGAAAAGGAGUUCCCGUGAAUUAUGCCGAAGCACUUAAAUACUUUCAGAAAGCUGCGGAGAAAGGGUGGCCCGAUGCACAGUUCCAGUUAGGCUUCAUGUACUACUCUGGCUCUGGAAUAUGGAAGGAUUAUAAACUUGCCUUCAAAUAUUUUUACUUGGCAUCUCAGAGUGGGCAGCCCCUCGCCAUUUACUAUCUGGCCGAGAUGUAUGCAACAGGAACAGGAGUAGUAAGAUCAUGCAGAACUGCUGUGGAGCUUUAUAAAGGUGUCUGUGAACUAGGCCACUGGGCUGAAAAAUUCCUGACAGCUUACUUUGCCUAUAAGGAUGGUGAUAUAGAUUCUUCUCUUGUUCAGUAUGCACUACUUGCAGAAAUGGGAUAUGAAGUGGCUCAAAUGAAUUCAGCAUUCAUUUUGGAAUCUAAAAAGGCUAACAUUCUUGAAAAAGAGAAGAUGUAUCCAAUGGCGCUUCUACUAUGGAAUCGAGCUGCCAUUCAAGGCAAUGCAUUUGCUAGAGUAAAAAUUGGAGAUUACCAUUACUAUGGCUACGGGACUAAGAAAGACUAUCAAACAGCAGCCACACACUACAGCAUUGCAGCCAACAAAUACCACAACGCGCAAGCCAUGUUCAAUCUGGCUUAUAUGUAUGAACAUGGCUUAGGCAUCGCAAAGAACAUUCACUUGGCCAGAAGAUUGUAUGACAUGGCUGCUCAAACGAGUCCAGAUGCCUACAUACCUGUGUUCUUUGCCCUUAUGAAACUGGAAACUAUGCAUUUGCUCCGGGAUAUCCUGUUUUUUAAUUUCACAAUGAGAUGGAACUGGCUGAAACCGGACAACACCGUUGGACCACACUGGGACUUAUUUGUGAUUGGCCUCAUUGUUGCUGGGCUGAUUUUGUUGCUUAGAAAUCACCGUGGGUAGGAUGAGGAUCAUGGGAAAACCUGCUAACGGGAACCAGUUCACUCCAAGGUAUCCCCGCUAAAUAAACAGUUUCCCAUCCAAAUCAAGAGUCUGCUACAGUUUUCCGCUCAGGGCUGUGAUGGAAAAUGGACAAGACUUGGGGACUAUCCUGGAGAAACAACUUCAGACUUCCUGCUUAGUUGAGAAAACCCUUUGGGGGAUGCUGGGAACUGGUCACCUAAGAUCUUGUUACCAAUCUGUCAUCUUGGUGACCUAGUCCCACGUUACGAAUAAAGACCACCCAUUUUCAUGUUGUUAGAACAACCUCCCCACUGUC